AUGUCAUCAAAUACAACUUGCCCAGGAAGUGCUGACAAUCAGUUUGGUCCGCGUGUACCCGUCAGCUGUCGCGAAUUUGAUUUUACUUUGCUCUUCGAAGAUGUCUUCUUUGGUGCUGUUCCACCGGCGGUCUUUAUACUUCUCAUCGGAUCAAGACUUCGCUUCUUGCAGAGUUCCACAAUUAAAGUGACUUCACACAAAUUGGCUGUCAUUAAACUGAGCUCGCUCGCACUUCUGUUCACCCUACAAGUGCUUUUCACGGCAUUCCAGUCACAAACGCCUUCCGUCCAUACCAAAUUGUCUACAACAUCUGGAGUACUAGGCAUUAUUGCGACUUUCGCUGCGGGUGUCUUGUCAUAUGUCGAGGACCAGCGUUCAUUCAAGCCGUCAGAUACUCUUGUUAUAUACUUCUCUAUUCUGGCUCUCCUAUACCUUCCUCGACUGCGAUCGUUAUGGGCCAUCUCAUCGGUGGGUGUAUGCCAGGGAUUAUGGACGGCAAUAUUCGUUGUGACUAUUGGGUUGGUACUUCUCGAAUCUGCCACAAAAUCCAGAUUUCUACGUCCAGUAUACCUCAAAGUAUCGUCUGAGCAGGUUUGCGGAUUCUGGGCCCGUAGCUUCUUUGCUUGGGUCUUACCACUAUUCAGUACUGGAUACUCGACGGUAAUUAGCGUGAGCGAUAUACCACAAUUAGACUACGAUUUACAGGGAAAUGCCGCGAGCGAGAAGCUACGUAAGGCCUGGACGGAGUCUAAAGGUCCAUACAGACUCCUCAGGGCACUGUUUCGUGCCUACAGUUGGCCAAUUCUCUCUGCCAUUAUACCACGGGUCGCUCUUAUAGCAUUCACAUUAUGUCAGCCAUUCUUGAUCGCCGCAACUAUAAAUUGGAUAGGGUCAGAAGUUACUACAGAAACCGAAAAAUAUGGCCAGGGCCUUGUUGGAGCGUAUGUGAUUGUGUAUUUUGGAAUGGCGAUCUCCACGGCUGUAUAUUAUCAACGAAUAAAUCGUCUUGUAGCCAUUACUCGGGCUGGUCUCAUUUCUAUUAUUUACGAAAAAACCACGUCACUCAAAGCUAACGAUCUCAAAGAUGCAAAGGCUCUUACGCUCAUUGGAACUGAUAUGGAGAGAAUAAUGACGGCUGUUAGAAAUAUGCAUGAGUCUUGGGCAUCGAUUGUCCAAGCGGGUGUGGCAAUAUGGCUUCUUGAGCGUCAAAUCUAUGUAGCCUGUGUAGUGCCCACUGUCAUCUCUCUAGCUUGUGUCUAUCUCACCGGCCCAGUCUCCGCUCGAACGACAGUUGCUCAAAAGGCUUGGAUUGAACAGAUUCAGAAACGGCUCGCUGUCACAUCUACUAUUUUAGGCAAUAUGAAGGCAGCCCAGAUGCUCGGGCUCAAAGGCGUAUUAUUCAAAGUCGUUGACGAAUUACGAGAAUUGGAGCUGAGUGAAUCGUCGCGAUUCAGGAAGCUGCUGGUUAUAGUUUCUGGGUUAUCCAAUGUACCCCUGUAUCUAGCCCCUUAUGCAAUGUUCUUAACGUACGGAAUCAUUGCCAUGGUUGGCAAGAAUCAAACGCUGCUUGCAGCACAAGCCUUUGCAUCCGUUUCUUUAAUAUCGUUGGUCACUACUCCACUGCUAAUAUUCGUGCAAUCUAUUCCAAAUAUAAGACAAGCGUCUGGUUGCGUUGAGCGCAUCCAGGAGUUUUGUCAAAAGGAUAACCUUGUAUCACAAGAUACUGACUCCGCUAUAAGUAUCGACGGCCAUGGUGAUACAUUAGAUGAAGCAACCGAGAUGUCCUCGAUGAAUGUAAGGAACUCGAAUGGCCAAUUGGUGACAUUUAAAAACACAAGAAUAUCGUGGUCAAAGGAUUCGGAAGUUGUUUUCGAAGGCUUGGAUCUCACCAUCCCCACCAACAAAGUCACAAUGAUUGUUGGACCAGUUGGAUCUGGCAAAUCACUCCUUCUCGAAAGUAUCAUUGGAGAAACAACUAUUAGACAGGGUGGCAUUGAUAACAUACUAUCACGUGCUGCGUAUUGUCCUCAAACUCCUUGGAUUAUAAACAGCACAAUUCUCCAUAACAUCACGGGUGGGACUGAUUUUGACCAGAAAUGGUAUGAUUUCACCAUUUCCUCAUGUGCACUUCAAGGGGACUUGGAGAACUUUAAAGCUGGAGACCAGUACAAAGCUGGAAGUGAUGGCAACUCCUUGAGCGGGGGCCAGAAACAACGAGUGGCUUUAGCUCGCGCAGUCUAUUCGAGACUCCCAGUUGUGAUUCUCGAUGAUGUCUUCAGCGGAUUGGAUGCUAAUACCAUUAAUUCUGUUGUGGAAAGCCUCUUUGGUCAGCAUGGCUAUUUUCGGAAGUAUAGAACAUCUGUGAUAUUAGCAACGCACAAUCUAAAUCUUCUCCAUUAUGCGGAUAAGAUAAUAGUGUUGAAUGAUGGAAAGAUAGUUGAUGAUGGAUCAUACACAGACAUACUUGCGCGCAAUAUGGAGCUAAUCGCAGCUUCAACUUCUACCAAAGAGGACAACCCGGGUUUAUCGUCCGAAGAAAUUAGUUCCAAACCUAAAACCGAUGAAACAAACGCUCAUGCCAAAGAUAGAGCGAAUGAGAUAUUGCAGGAUAAUAGUUUCGAGCUCCUGCGACAAAAUGGGACCUGGGAUGUAUACAAAUACUACAUGAAACGAGCUGGACCAUACGUCUCUACAGCUUUCUUUGGAAUGUUGGCAAUUCAAGCGUUUACCGCACAGUAUGCCACGGUAUGGCUGCAAAAUUGGUCAAGCGAGAAUAAAAAACACCCGAACAGUCGCAUAUCGAUGUACCUAGGGAUAUAUAGCCUUCUCUUCGCAUCUACAUUUAUAAGUCUCAUCGUAUCCCGCUGGUUGCUUCUAGUUGUGAUUAUCACAAAUACUGCACGUGGCCUCCAUACUGAACUUCUGAAAGCAACCCUUGGUGCCCCUAUUAGCUUUUUCCAGAAAGCCGACAAAGGAUCGUUGGUUAAUAGAUUCAGCCAGGAUAUUAAUCUAAUCGAUAUGCAAUUACCUAUAUAUGCAACCAACUUUUUAGAAGGAACUGCCAUGUGCAUUGUCAUACUCAUUAUUAUCUGUGUGAUGGGGAAAUAUCUAGCAAUAUCUGUCCCCUUUAUUGCCAUCGUAUUAUGGGCUGUCCAACUCUAUUACCUGCGCACUUCACGGCAAGUUCGGCUUCUGGAUAUCGACGCCAAGGCACCGCUCUAUUCACAGUUUAUGGAAACUGUCUCCGGGAUAUCCAUAAUUCGGACGAUGAACUGGCAAACUCAAUUUCAAAGCUGGUGCGAAGAGCUACUCAACCACUCUCAAAAACCACUAUAUAUGCUGUUUUGUAUUCAGCAAUGGUUAAAACUGAUUCUGGAUUUGAUUGUCAUGGCAAUGGCCGUUAUCAUAGUUGCGACCGCCACUGCCUUAAGGGACCAGAUAAGCCCUGGUGCUGCUGGUGUUGCAUUGACUCUGGUUCUCAUGUUCAAUGAACACUUAACUAAUGCGAUUCAAACUUGGACACUUACAGAGAUUUCUAUUGGGGCUGUUGCACGUAUUCAACGCUUUGCAAUAGACACCCCUUCUGAAGAGCGCCGCAUGUGUCAUCCUACUCCUCCCAGACAUGAAUGGCCAUUAGAAGGAACUAUACGUUUUGAGAAUACUACCGCUAGCUAUAGCCAAGACGCAGCCCCAGUUCUGAAAGGAUUGUCCCUAGCUAUCAAGUCGGGUGAGAAAUUUGCUAUUUGUGGCCAAUCUGGAAGUGGAAAAACAUCGUUGAUACUUUCACUGCUUCAAAUGAUCGAUUUACAAAGUGGGCGAAUAUUCAUCGACCAAGUCGAUUUAGCAUCACUCGACCGAAACGAUAUUCGUAAUCGACUGAGUGUAAUCCCACAGGAACCAUUCUUCAUACCUGGCACUCUCAAGUUCAAUCUUGAUCCUCAAAAUAGGUCAUCAGACGAAUGUAUCGAAUCUUCCAUCAAGAAGGUUGGUUUGUGGGCUCGAGUAGAGGCCAAUGGGGGACUUGCAAUGGCCUUUACUGCAUCCGACUGGUCUGUGGGCGAAAGGCAACUAUUUGCUCUAGCCAGAGCCUUGAAUACACAAAGUCCUAUUCUAAUUUUAGACGAGGCCACGAGCAGUGUGGAUUACGAGACGGAGACGAUUAUGCAAGAGAUUAUUGAUAAAGAAUUUUCAGCAAAGACUGUUGUUGCAGUGGUUCAUCGCCUGCGUUUCAUUGAUAAAUAUGAUAGAGUCGCAGUUAUGAAAAAUGGAGAGCUCGUCGAAUGCGAUAGUCCUCGAACUUUGUUGAAGACGGACUCCAAGUUCCAAAAGUUGCAUGAUGCCGCGAAGAUGAACCGAUGA